GCAACGAUUACAAACUCCCGUUGAUUCGUAUCAUUGUAUCAGUUAAGCUGAAAGUUCUACAUCUAAAUACUAUUUCUGAAUUUAGCAUCAUGCUGACUUUCAAGCAUUUGAUACCCAUUAUUGGAGUGUUUGGUUGCAUAUUUUUGACGAGUUCGAUAGUUGCUGGGAUCGACCGAGAAUGUUACACGUGUAACAAUUGUAACGACACAACCAAGGCAAAUUUUGGCAAGACCUCAUGCACAGGCAAUUGUUACAAAAUGGCCGCUAAAAAUGAGAAGGGUUACGAAAUUAUAAAUCGUGGCUGCUUAUCCUUAGGUUUCGGCACGGCACGUUUGCACAGCGAUACAUGUGUAACAGGGUCGUCGGCGUUGGUUUCGUUGGGGGAUUUCAAAGGAAAGAUGUGUUUCUGCAAUGGACACAAGUGCAAUACAGCGACAUCUGUGUUUGACACUGUUCGGAUACCUUCGAUUGUCGCCACGUGUAUAGCGCUACGUGGCCUCUUAGUUGGUUAACUUUUUUUAAAUGAAGUGGGUAAAUAAAUCAUGAUUACAAACGUAAAUUUCUAGUAUGUAAAAUGAUGUGUUCAAUGCAUUAGUGUUGAUAUUAUGCAACAGUCAUUUGUAACCGCGCCCUCACACCCCCACCCCCAGGUCAUGGGGUAUACCGGGGAUAGCCGGGGAAAUGGGCCUUGUUUUUACCUUCCAGAUGGCCCCGCAAGACCGGUGAAUGCGGUUGUUUUGUGUUCGCGCCAAAAAUAGCGGGGAAUGGUCCUUACCUACGGUCCCUGUGGUGCGGGGGCAUUUAGCGGUGAUUUUACCGGCAGGUCGUCUCAGCAGAAAAGGGAUUUUACCCGGGCUUGGCUGGACCGAAAGUCGAAGUCCCCGCUUAACCCCGGACCAGGGGGCCGUGGUUACAAUUGACUGGUGCAUUAUCAACACGGAAUGAAUGAAAAUUAAUAAAUGACUUAAGCAGAAAAAACUCGUUUAAAAAUACCGUUUGAAACAACUGUUGUUAAGCUGUAGACUAAGAAAACGUUGUGGUUAUAAAACUUCAAAAGCAAAAUAUUAAACAUCGUUAGAAAAAAAGGUAACGUUUCUAAUAAGAAAACUAAAAUUGGUUGAACGUAACCACUAUAUGUUCGAUAAAAUUAUCACAUCCGGUGUAUGAAUAAAACAAUACGGUGAAAAUGUAAAAAAAACAGUGGAUCAGGCAGAUCCAGUAUGUUUAGCACUUUUAUAAAUUAAAAAGAACAAACAUUCAUGUCCAAAACAUACAUUGGAAGUAGACAGUGAUUUGAAAUGGUAUAACAAUGCUUUGAUUCACUGGCAUGUGCUAAGAAGAAGAGACAAUAAACGACAAAUGGGGCUCUGGGUAGUCACUUCCGAAUAUUUGUGUUAUUUUCCCUGUUAUAAUAACAUUAACAGAAGCUCUGAGCAUUCAUUAAGAUUGAAUCAUUUUAUUAAAUGCACGUAUAUUCGUGUGGUGCACAUGCCAUGAAAUACCUGCUUUAACUAACUGGUCCUUGUUUCUUCUCUCUGUUGCAUACCGGCUGUACAACUUUUUUAUAAUUCAGCAGCCAAUAGAUAUAGACUGAAAUCAUAUAACAGGGUUUUCUCAUGCCGGUACAAAUAAAAUGUUAAUUUCGAGCUAUUAAAAUUCAUGUAACAGACCAAUGACACUAUUGUUUCUAAAGUAACGUGUGUAUAUUAAAAAGGUAUAGUUUUGUUUGUACCGGACGAUUAGCUUUGAAAUACCAGAAUAUUUAUAAUUUCGGGCUUAAACUAUUGAAUAAACGUGGAUAGGUUA